AUGUCGUCCGCGGAAGGAGAUUUACGCGAUGGCCUGUCCGCCACGGAAAUUUUUGCUAAUAGUGAAGGACUCACAUACAACGACUUUCUUCUCUUACCUGGAUAUAUUAAUUUCACAGCUGAAGAAGUAGAUUUGACUUCUCCACUCACUAAAAAGAUUCAGCUGAAAGCACCGUUGGUUUCCACUCCCAUGGACACCGUUACCGAAGCCGAUAUGGCAAUAGCUAUGGCUCUAUGCGGAGGUAUCGGAAUUAUACACCACAAUUGCACUCCAGAUUAUCAAGCGAAUGAAGUCCACAAAGUUAAGAAAUACAAACACGGUUUUAUUCGCGACCCAGUUUGCAUGGGUCCAGAAAAUACUGUUGCCGAUGUAAUAGAAGCGAAAAAGAAGAACGGAUUUACUGGAUAUCCCAUUACUGAAAACGGCAAGUUAGGCGGAAGACUUAUUGGGAUUGUAACAUCUAGGGACAUUGAUUUUAGGGAGGGUGAUCCUCAAUUAAGUUUAAAAGAAGUAAUGACCCCUAUUGAUGAAAUGAUUACAGCCCAGUCUGGAGUUACUCUUCAAGAUGCAAAUUACAUACUAGAGAAAAGCAAGAAAGGUAAACUUCCUAUUAUUAAUGGGUCGGGGGAACUUGUAGCGUUAAUAGCUAGGACUGAUUUGAAAAAAGCCCGUAGCUAUCCAAAUGCCUCUAAAGACUCUAAUAAGCAGUUACUUGUUGGUGCUGCCAUUGGUACCCGUGAAUCAGAUAGGGAGCGUUUAAAAUUGCUCGUCCAAAAUGGAGUCGAUGUUAUUGUCUUAGACUCUUCCCAGGGCAACUCAAUUUAUCAGAUAGAAAUGAUUAAAUACAUCAAAGCAAACUAUCCGGCAAUAGAAGUAAUUGGGGGUAAUGUUGUGACUAGGAUGCAAGCCAAGAAUCUCAUUGAGGCAGGUGUGGAUGCACUGAGAGUUGGUAUGGGAAGUGGUUCAAUCUGCAUAACACAAGAAGUCAUGGCAUGUGGUUGUCCACAAGCAACAGCUGUGUAUCAAGUUGCUUCAUAUGCUCGCCAAUUUAAUGUUCCUGUAAUAGCCGAUGGAGGUAUUCAAUCUGUGGGCCAUAUUGUUAAGUCACUUGCAUUAGGAGCCUCAACAGUAAUGAUGGGUUCACUUCUUGCGGGCACUUCCGAAGCUCCAGGAGAGUAUUUCUUUUCUGAUGGUGUAAGGCUGAAAAAGUAUCGUGGAAUGGGCAGCUUAGAAGCCAUGGAAAACAAAGAGGGGAAAGGUUCUGCCAUGAGCAGAUAUUUCCAUAAGGAAUCUGAUAAACAUAGGGUGGCACAAGGUGUAAGUGGAAGUAUUGUGGAUAAAGGGUCUGUAUUAAGAUUUCUUCCAUACUUACAAACUGGAAUGCAACACAGCUGUCAAGAUCUAGGUGCACCAUCUCUUUCUACUCUUCGUGAGAUGAGUUACUCUGGGGACUUACGCUUCAUGAAGCGGACAUACUCAGCACAGUUGGAAGGCAAUGUUCAUGGUCUAUUUUCAUAUGAAAAAAGAUUAUUU